GCAUGUGAGGCAGUUGGUAACACGUUUGUUUUGCAACUAUUGUAUUUGUCCAGAUGAAGUAAACAAAUGCACUUCAUUAACUGACUGGAAAUCAAGUCGUUUGGCGUAGCUAUUUCGCAGUGAAAAAAGUAUCGCCAAGGACAGAUAGGAGAAGAUGGAGGGGAAGGAGCCAAAGAAGGAACAGAAGCGGCACCAGCAGAAGCACAGCGGGCCCAAGGCGGAGAGGAAGAAGAGCAGGAAGCAGCUGGGAACUCCAGCCGGAGAUGACGAGCGCAAGAGGAACCCCAAAGCGUUUGCGGUCCAGUCAGCAGUGCGCAUGGCCAAAACCUUCCACAGAGCCCAGGACCUAAAGGCCAAGAAGCAUCACAUACCCCUGGUGGACCGCACCCCUUUAGAGCCUCCCCCGAUAGUGGUGGUCGUGGUAGGACCCCCCAAGGUGGGCAAGAGCACCCUCAUCCGCUGCCUGAUCAAAAACUUCACACGGCAGAAACUAGGGGACAUCUGCGGGCCUGUGACCAUCGUCUCUGGAAAGAAGAGGCGUCUUACCUUCAUCGAGUGUAGCAAUGACAUCAAUACAAUGAUUGACUUGGCAAAGGUUGCUGACCUGGUGCUGAUGCUCAUUGACGCCAGCUUCGGCUUUGAGAUGGAGACCUUUGAGUUCCUCAACAUCUGCCAGGUGCACGGCUUCCCGCGCAUCAUGGGCGUGCUCACCCACCUGGACUCGUUCCGCAAUAACAAGGCCCUUCGCAAGACCAAGAAGCGGCUCAAGCAUCGCUUCUGGACUGAGGUCUACCAGGGUGCCAAACUCUUCUACCUGUCCGGAAUGGUGUACGGAGAGUACCAGACCCAGGAGGUCAAGAACCUGGGCCGCUUCAUCUCCGUCAUGAAGUUCCGCCCGCUGGUGUGGCAGCAAUCUCAUCCCUACGUCGUGGCCGACCGCAUGGAAGAUUUGACGGACCCCGAGAUGGUGAGGGUGGACCCCAAGUGUGAUCGUACUGUAUCUCUCUAUGGCUACCUGAGGGGGACAUACUUGAAGAGUAAAGGCCAGGUCCAUAUCCCUGGUGUGGGGGACUUUGCGGUGGCAGACAUCAGCUUCCUGCCAGACCCCUGUGCUCUGCCUGAAGCGCAGAAGAAGAGAGCGCUGAACGAGAAGGAGCGGCUGCUCUACGCUCCCAUGGCGGGGGUCGGGGGGGUCGUGUACGAUAAGGAUGCAGUGUACAUCGACCUGCCCGGAGGCCACGUCAAUCAAGAACAGGAGGAGGUCCGUCCCACCACAGAGUUGGUCCAAUCCCUCAUCGGUACACACACCACCCUGGAUGUCAAGAUGGCCGCCAGCAAAGUGUCACUAUUCACAGGGGCGACUGCCCUGACCCCCGGGGAAGUGGAGGAGGAGGAGAAUGGGCUGACGUCAGGACCCCAGGAGAGCCGAGUCUGGGACCCUGAGACACAGAGAGAGAGGAGGAAGGCUGUCUUCACUGAAGAGGAAGAUGAUGAUGAUGACAGCGAGGGUAGCAGUGACGAAGAGUGGGAUGAGGAAGGAGAGUCUGAAGAAGAGGAUGAGGGGGUAAACAAAGGGGAAGAAGAAGAAACUGUUUUGAAGAAAGAGGCUAAGGACAAAACUGAACCAAAAGAGAAGCAAGAAAUAAAGACCAUCCCUCCAGUGAAGAGACAGAAGAUGGAGGAAAGGAAAGUGGAGAAAGAGCCAGUGGUGGAGGUACCUGCCUUUGCAGAUAGUGAGGAUGAGCUGGAAAUGAGUGAGGAGGAGGAAGGGGGGAAGGGAGAGCAGGAGAGUGAAGGAGAGGAAAGUGAUUCGGAGGGGGAAGAAGACGAAGAAGACGGUGCAGUGGAAAAGGGUGAUCUCAAACCAAUAGACUCGGGUCAUUGCUCGGAGGAGGAGGAUGCGAGUGAUUCAAUAGAAGAUGACUGUGAAACCAUUGUCUCGGGCAAAGAAAGCAAGAAGUCAAAUGCCACCUCCAAAAUGGAAGAGGAAGAUGAGGAGAUGGAGGGAGGAGAGCUGUGCUAUGAAAGUGCAGGGGCACUGCGGUGGAAGGAGGGUCUGCAACAGAAAGCGUCGGAGGCGUUUCUACGGCAACAGCGCGCCGCCCCCAACCUGCGUAAACUGGUGUACGGCACAGUGGCAGAGGAUGAUGGUGAUGGGGAGGAGGAUGAGGAGCUGGGAGGGCUGUUUCGAGUCAGCCGCCCCGAGAAGGGCAAGAAGCAUCGUACGGACGGUGUGGACUGCUCCCGUUUUGACCCCGAUGCCGCUCACAAUUGGGACCUGGAAGAGAUGCUGGACUCGAUACGGGACUGUUUUGUGACGGGGAAAUGGGAAGACGAUCAAGAUGCUGCUACAUUGCUGAAAGAGGAUGAGGAGCUGUAUGGCGACUUUGAGGACUUGGAGACGGGGGCAGUGCACAAGGGGAAAGCUGGCAAGCAGAAGGACCAAGCCAAGGAAGAAAGUGAUGAGGAGGAGGAGGAGGAGAAGCUGAUGAAGGUGGACGACGAGACCCAGAAGAACAAGCGUCUGGAGAAGAAACGGCGGCUGAAGGACCGUUUCGACACGGAGUAUGACGACGGAGACGCCACCUACUUUGACGACCUCAAGGAGGAGAUGCAAAAACAGGCAGAGCUGAACCGGGCUGAGUUUGAGGACGUGGAUGACGAGACACGGGUCCAGUACGAGGGCUUCCGGCCUGGCAUGUAUGUCCGUCUGGAGAUCCCCUCCCUGCCCUGCGAGUUUGUCACCAACUUUGAUCCCCACUAUCCCAUCAUCCUCGGGGCUCUAGGUGCCAGCGAGGGGAAUGUAGGCUACCUGCAGAUGCGGUUAAAGAAACAUCGAUGGCACAACCGUAUCCUGAAAACGCGCGACCCCCUCAUCCUGUCCCUGGGCUGGCGUCGCUUCCAGACCAUCCCCCUGUACCACAUCGAGGACCACAACGGGCGCCACCGCCUGCUCAAGUACACACCGCAGCACAUGCACUGUGGUGCCACCAUCUGGGGUCCCAUCACACCUCAGGGCACUGGCUUCCUGGCUGUGCAGUCAGUCUCAGGAACUAAGACCAGUUUCCGCAUCGCAGCUACAGGAGUUGUCCUUGACCUGGACAAAUCUGUGACCAUAGUCAAAAAGCUCAAGCUGAUUGGCUACCCAUACAAGAUCUACAAGAACACAUCCUUCAUCAAGGGGAUGUUCAACACCGUGCUGGAGGUGGCGAAAUUCGAAGGGGCUUCCAUCCGAACUGUCAGUGGGGUCAGAGGUCAAAUUAAGAAGGCCCUGUCAACACCGGCGGGAGCCUACAGAGCCACGUUCGAAGACAGGCUGCUGAUGAGUGACAUUGUGUUCCUGCGCUCCUGGUACCCGGUGUCAGUCCCUCAGCUCUACAACCCCGUGACCUCCCUGCUGAUGCCAGCGGGCCAGAAGGACAGUUGGUCGGGCAUGAGGACGGUGGGCCAGCUGAAACACGACCUGGGGGUCCGCAACAAGCCCAACACAGACUCACUGUACAAGCCGGUUGUGCGAGCGCAGCGCCACUUCAACAAGCUGCACAUCCCCAGGGAGCUGCAGAAGGCAUUGCCCUUCAAGAGCAAGCCCAAACAGGACCAGCCCAAGGGCAAGACGCCCAAGGACCUCCAGAGGCCCGCUGUCAUACGGGAGCCCCACGAGAGGAAGAUGGCGGCGCUGCUCAACGCGCUGAGCACGGUGCACAACUACAAGAGCAAGAAAGCGCACGUGGCGCAGCACGCUAAGCACAAGGACUUCCUGCGGCAGCGGGACAAGGCGGAGGAGGACAAGCUCAAGAGGCAGAAAGAGGCGAAGAAGAAGCUUUACCGUAUGAUGGGCCAGAAGGAGAAGAAGAGUCAGAGGUCCAGUCUGAAAGGGGCGCCGCAGGAUGACUGAUUUUUAAAUCAAUAUGACUCUAAAAGACCAGUGUAAUAACUUUUCGGCCUUCCAAUGGAAUGGAAUAAUCCUCUGUUUAAGCAUAAUCUGUUGGGCUGCAGUGGAGUAGGUUGAAAUUGCCCCUAGAUGCUGAUCUUGGGUCAGUUUAGCAUUUUCCCCUCUGAUGGUUAAAGUGAUACAUUGGGAUUUUAGCAAUUAAGCCUUUUGUCUACUUCCCUAGUCAGAGAAACUCAUUCAUGGAUACCAUUUUUAUGUCUCUGCAUCCAGUAUGAAGGAAGGAUUGGGGGAGGGGAAGCUGAUCCUAGAUCUGUACCUAGGGUAAUCUUCACCCAGAGCGUCUUCAGUACUGGGGUAGGAGUGUAAAUGCAAGGAAUGGAUGAACAUCCUUCUUCAGCUUCUGUAGCCUGGUUGUGUAAUGUGGUUUUUCAAUGCCAGUUAUUGACACCUCAUUUCGAGUGGUUCCAUAGAGGAACCAGAAAGAACUGUAUAUUAGUCAUAUCUCUACCACUCGUCUAGCUUCAAUCGUGUGGUGUUUUAAUAAAAAAUAUUACAAAAAUAGUAUGCGAGUGCCUUAACUCUAAAAGAGCAUAAAAGUAAAGUAAGUGUAAUUCUAUAAUAUAUUUUGAUCGAGUAGAAGUUUCAUAAUGGCUAGGUUGUUACAAAUGCACUGAUAAGUGGAAGCACAUGGCAUUUCAGAAACUUUGAAGUUGUGCCUGUCAGAGUGAACUCAUCAUGGAUAUAACCCGUUUUAGCAUGGACAUUGCCAUUGAGGACUACCACCAUUUUAAAGUAGUCAACUGGGUGGGAUUCCUGAGUUGGGAGCAAUCCGCCAAUGAAGAAAAAUGUACUACUUUAAAAUGGAGAUGGCCACAAUGGCGCUGCCCAUGCAGUCAGACGCUAUAGAGCCCCACAGCGGAGGUCUCAUAAUACCUUAGUGGUCAAACAGGGAAAUCCCACCAUGAAUUUUUCCCAUAAGGAAUUUUAGAAACACUUAAAAUAAGGGCUGUGUUUCGUGUAGGCUUAACCUGGUCGGACGUUUUGAUAUCAUGCAAGGUGAUUUAACAAUAUAUUCGGCUCUAUUUACUCUGAUUCUAAAAUUCUAUUUAGACAUCAUGCAAGACUACAAAUCCCUGCAAGAUCCUGCACGUCAUCUCUAGCUGACACCUUUGCUAACAGGUAUUGUGUCAAUUUAAAACUUGCACAAGACAGCUCACAGUGUCAAUUGUAAAGACAUUUAUUCAUUACUAAAUUUAGCUAACAUUAGAUAGUUAAUCCAGUGUGGAAAGUUGCUAAUAUUAGAUAGUUAAUCCAGAGAUUCUUACCUUUGCCACUAUUCGGCAGUCUCGUUCAGAUCAGCGUGGCAUUUGUAGUUCUUUGAUGGCCACAUUAGCGUUUAAUUUCUAGGGGUUAAAUAUAGGCGAAUAUAUUGAUAAAAGCCACCUUGUCCUAGACUAGAGAGAUCUACAUGGUUAUCAAAAUGACACUCCAGGAUAAACCAACAUGAAACACGGCCCUUAUUAUUUUCUAAAAACCCUAUGGGGAAAAAUGAAUGGUCGAAAAGCGAUUGGAACCAUUUCCUUGUUUGACCGCUAGGUUUUAUGGGUAUGAAGACUCAACCUGUGGUACUUUAACGUUAGAUACAAAAAUGAGUCCUCUGUCUCAAUGGCCGGUUGUCACACAUCUGCCCUCUCAUUGGCUAGAAUGGUCCCACCUGAUCUCGCCUCCUCCCACCUGCCUUCCAUCUUUGAGAACAUGUAUUUUCAUUGUUAGUGGUCACUCGAAUAUAGAUUAACACAGGCUAAAGAGAUCUUAUACGUUUUUGCCUCCUCCCACCUGCCUUCCAUCUUUGAGAACAUGUAUUUUCAUUGUUAGUGGUCACUCGAAUAUAGAUUAACACAGGCUAAGGAGAUCUUAUAUGUUUUUGCCUCCUCCCACCUGCCUUCCAUCUUUGAGAACAUGUAUUUUCAUUGUUAGUGGUCACUCGAAUAUAGAUUAACACAGGCUAAGGAGAUCUUAUAUGUUUUUGCCUCCUCCCACCUGCCUUCCAUCUUUGAGAACAUGUAUUUUCAUUGUUAGUGGUCACUCGAAUAUAGAUUAACACAGGCUAAGGAGAUCUUACACGUUUUUGUUCUGAGAUAGUCAGUUAACAUGACCUUAAUGAAUGCCUUUUGUGCUUGUUGUCAUUACAUGAAUGCUUCAAAGUUCAAAAAGUGACGUUAUCGGAUGAACAUGAUCUCAUAGAAUAAAACUUGUAAAAUCUAAGCCUGUGUUUACGAUACUUUUUCACUGUUUAUCUAAAAAAAAUUACUUUAAUUUCCCCAUAGGCUUUGGCCAACGAGCCAUGCCGGAGUUGGUGCCUAUAAAAAGACGCCAUUACUAUUGUGCUCUAUACAACAGCUGAUCCAAAGGGGGUGUGGCAUAUGUCAACUCUUCUGCAGUGGGAAACACUUGGGGACUCCCUAAAAACGCGCCACUUCGAUGCAGGUUAGGAGAGCAUUUUCACUAACCCUUUCCCUAAACUUACUAGGUUAUGAGAAUUAGGUUAAGGUUAGGAAAAGGGUUAGGGAAAAUCCUCUCCUAACAUGCUACGAAAAGUCACUUUGGUCAUAGCUGAAUCGAAGUGGGGUGUUUUUAGGGGAUCUCGUGUGCAACCGCUGAUUACAAUAUGUCGCUAACUACAGUUAUUUUGGCUGGAUCUGACUCCAUCUCAUCUGCACUGAUAUGAAAAUUUCAAAUAGGUGAAAGUACUAUUGUGGGUCGCUAUCAGGGAAAUGCCUUCAACUAUCCAGCACAUAUUUUACAUCCGUGCAGAUAAAGGAAAGAGAAAUACACUUCACACUUGAUGCACUGUGGUACUACAUUUUGGUUGUCUGUUUUCGUUAACUUGUCUCCAUAGAGAAAGCAUUGUGAAUGUGUCAUUCUUUGUGGUAAAUAAUAUGGAUACAAUGGAAAAGAUGGUUAAAAGUUCUCAAAUUCUUACAAGCUAUGCAGAGCCAAAACACUGCAAGGUGGGAAUUAAGUGCUUUAUUAGUCUAUCUGCAGAUAUUAAAUUGCAGCUUAGUCACGAAACGUGGCAAUUCCUUAAAUUGUGUAGGCAACGUCAUACACACUUACAUAGAAAAAAAACUAAACGUCCCUUGUCUGUCAAAUAUUGACUAAAAUGAUAUUUGAACUGCCGAUUGUCCGUGGUGUUGGUCCAUCAACUGGCCAUUUUUUGAUGUUGUACAUAUCCACAGGAAAGUAUUAUUAAACCGAUUAAAGUACACACACGUGAUGCAUACUAACGGGUGUUUACAUG